AUGCUUCGAGGGCGCGCGCUUGAGGAAGCGGAUGUCGAGAUACACAACGCCGCACUUCAGGAUUUCGUUUGGAGAUACGAGCAAGUCGAGAGACAGCUUACGACUGCUUACACGCGCAGUGGCAAGUUUCAUAUCGGAGAAGCUGUUCGCACGAUCCAAUUGAGAGAAAAGAAGAUGACGACAUUAUCUUACUCCACUUUCUCGGAGACCUCUGGAGUUGAAUCGGUGGUGGAGGACACAGUUAUGAAGCAUCAAAUUGUGCAACCUGCAGCCAAGAAGAUUGAAGAGCCCAGUAAACAGGUUCAGGAGGAGACUAAAGCAGUAUCCCAAACCGAGUCCAAUAAGGAGGAUGCCGUGAAGCCAGAUGAUUCGAUUGAGGACGGAAGUGGAACAUCUGAUGACAACGAAGACGAAGACAGCAGUGAAGACGAUGAAGACGACGAGGACGAAGAAGAGGGAGGAAUUGAAGGGGCAGAAGAUCUAAGCCACAUACCUCAGUUAAAGGAGAUAAUUCAAGCCGAAAAGGGGGAGCUAGAUCAAUCUAUUGACAAAACGAUGCAGCUACAGCCAAUUAAAACACAGUCACAAAAAAGACCACCCAGUGUGAAGACACAAUUCCAUCCUAAAGAGAAGACUGUGAAGCUGCGUCUAACUCAAACUGAGAAGCAAAGUGGAACCCUUGAUGAAUACGAAGGUGAUUUGGAAGCGCUAAAUGACUUCAAAAAGGCGUUCCACAUCCCUGUUAAAGAGCUCCCCACUAAGCCUGCGGAAAAACCGGAGACGUCGGACCUCAAUAACCAGCUGAAUCCUCACGUGCCAACUGUUCUCGGGAACCAACCUACAUUGACGGGCACAGCGUGGUUCUUUUGCCGAGAAUAUAUGCAGUACCUGACCGCAAUCGUGUCUAACGCGACCAGGUCCAGACAUAAAGAACAUGAAGUUUACGGCCGUCUUGUCGUCACGGACAAACGCUAUGAAAAGUAA